AGCGUCCCCGUACACCCCUCAGCCGCUCCUCCCCGCCGCUUUAUGGUCAAUAAAAGGGAAGGACUGUUCUCUCAGGCUGUGGAGAUAUUAGUUUCUGUCAUUUGAGUCUGGGUCGAGAAACUGUCUUCUGCUUUUGUCGUCUGAUUGUUUAAACUUUACUCAAGGGGAUGAACAAUCUUUAGUUGUGGAGUGUAAACCUGCGGGAAUGUUGAGAUGAAAUUUUAUCAUGUACGUCAGAAGAGCUCACCAAAGGAACAGCAAGUGACAGUGAAGGAGCUGUUUGCAACUUUCUUUGCAUUUAUAUUUUUAACGGGAAGCGGCGACACCUGUGACUUUGAAGGCCAUGACCCUAUUGCGAAUUACUUUGAGAGCAUUGAGAAACUGAGAAUCAACCUUCCCACCGACUACAAUCUGACAGUACUCUUGCAGGACACUGCUGGAAUGGACAGCUGUUGUUCGGAUCUGCAGGCCAUAUUAUCACUGAAUCGAUCAAUAGGACACAUCCACCGGAACUCUGUCGGCCCACUCCAAGAUAUAGUGACUAUGGUCAUAAUGGAGCUGGAAUUCCUAACCGAUUGCACUGUCAAGGAAUCCUUCAACUGCGAAGUCACGCGAUGGAAUUCUACACAUCUUCUCCAGAACUUGUUAGAGAACCUGCAUUCUUUUAAAGCUCUCGUUAAGAGUAGGAAGUGCCGUUUUAAUGAAUGCAUUUUGUACACCUGUACACCAGGGCACAUUAUGGGAACGUUGUCAACAGCAACGUCCUUCACACUGACUUCAACAGAACAAUUGGGUAUUCCUGCCAGUGGAGCUGAUCAUAUCCCAAUGGCCACUGAAGUGCCAACAUCUCUGAGCAAUGAAACAAACCUGCAAUCACCAUUGGUCAGUGCACCUCCAACCAACCAAACCAAUCGAAGCGAUACAUUGCCAUCCUUGAACAGUGGUAACUUAGCCAAUGGAAGUAAGCUGUAUCCAUCAACAGCCAAUGGCAGUGUGACCACCUUAACCAAUACAUCUCUAGCCUUGACCAGUGAUGCCUUAAACAAUGAAAGUCAUCUGCUUUCAUCAGCAGCCAAUACCAGCCUAAUCAAUGGAACCAACAGCCGUCCAGUCAACGUCAGCCAAUCAACCGUAGAUGACCAAAGCAAUGCCAACCCAACGUCUCUGACCAUCAGUAAUGAAGGCUAUGUCUUAGCCACAAGGGAAUGCAGAAGUCAGGUGACCUCUCUGAUGUCGCGGAUAGUGGCUGUCGUCCUGGUGUUCAGCGUGUUUGCCAAUGCGAUUCUCCUCAGCUGUUUAGUGAGAAAGAAACGGCAGGCCCCUGAACAAAUAACUGAAAUGGAGCCAUUGUCGUCAAUCAGGGUGGAGCAUCAGGAGCUGUGGUCACAGAAGCAAAGGAGGAGAAGUUGACAUGAAGUGAAGAGAGUGUAAGAUGACUUAAAGGCUUCCUUUGAACGAGUCCUGCUUCAUGCUGCAUUCCACGUUUCCAGCGUGCAUCACCCAGGCUUUAUUUUACAUGUGCUGCUGCCAACUCUCCUUGUCGUUGACCAUCCCCUCACCCCAGAACUGAGAAAUGGACUCGCCACCCACAGUCUGAGCUGCUGGAAGCUGCUCUCCAUCUGUGGAUUGGAAGGAAUGCUGAUGGAGGGUUAUUGCUUCCCUGUGGAACCUGCCAACCAGCAGAAGCCUCCUUCACAACCCACAAAUGGUCAACCUUUGCCACAAGGACUGACACCUUGAUAUUGUGGCCAAUUGAAGGUUGCUCAAAUGUUUACCCGAGAGACAAUCCACACACCCCACCAGGGGAACAGCCAAAGACAACCUAUUGGAAAUGAGGUAUGCAAGAACUCUUCUCCACACCCUGUCCACCACUGACUGGGGGAUGGUACUGCUCUGAGGGCCAGCAUACGCGAGUUGGGCCAAAUGAUCUUCUUGUAUCUUGUUAUGAAAAACAAUGUGAAAUAUAACUAAGGGAAGGAGUUCCACUGUCUGCACUGUGAGGUCCAGGGAAGUGAUCAAUGCUUUGCGUAGAAUAUUCCGAAUGCUGAAGCAGACCCUUCAGUCCAUCAGGAAACAUUCUAGUGAAGUUAGGAAAGCAGCUUUGACUGAAGUGACCUGUUGCUUCUGGGCUGCUUUGCGCAGCAUUGCUACCUUGCUGGCGAUGGAUUGAUUCAACCUGAAGAAUUGCACUGAAGAUAUCUUAACCAUUGACUUUGUUUGGCUGAACUGUUCUGAUUGUUUUGUUCUUGUAUCUGCUGUGUUUGCCUGGCUUGCCAAUGACGACCUUUCCUGCUGAGCAGGCUCUGUGGGGGGGACCUGUUUUCCGAUGCUUCCCAUUCUGGUGUGAGGGAGCCUGUUAAGGAAGAAGAGCUGGGUUAGGAAAAUUCUUGCUAGAGGGGACCAAAUGGCUGAGUUUGGGGAUGGUCCACGUGGCUGGUGGGAGACAUCAGGAUAUGACGCAAAGUGAAGCCAUAAAUGGCUUUGGAGCAAGAGAUUGGGAAAAGCAGGAGGGGGAAUGUUCUCCACCAUGUCUUGGCAUGGGAGCUCUUUCUAGAGGUUGGAAGAUGCACACUUAAAAAAAAAGUAAAUAAAUUGGAUGCAUCCUGGCCUUUGCCAUAUGUGCCAGAGGUGGGACGUGAAGCAAACUCUGGCCCCAUCACCCCUCUCCCACCAUCCCAUAUUUCCACUUGGGACCCUCAAAGUAUUGACCUUAACCCAUUUCUCCCCAUCACACAGCCAAGGAUCUUGCUAAUUGCAGGGUUACCAUAAGUUGCAUGGAGCAUGCACUAAGUGGCAAAUGUGAACAGCUCUCCCCACUAACUGGUGUCUCUGCCACACAUUGGUUUGAAAGCAAUGUGCUCUCAUGCAAUGAUGUGUAAUAGUUUGGGUACUGUGUACUUAUUGGGGCCAUACUUUGUUUUAUGGCUGCAUAGUCUCAUAUCCAGAUAAUGUGAGCUUGGAAAACAUAUUUAUUAUUCUUUAAAAUAAAAGCAAACUUUUAAUAAUGG